AAAUAGGUUCGUUACAAUAUGCUUUUCGAAAAGUCAUUAACAUGUGACUUUGAUGAUAUCAAAUCCGAGGAAGUUCUCAUUCUUUUUCCUGUUUUGUAUCAGUCCGGUGACUUAAUGCAAUGCAUUUCAAAAGUUUCAAUGACAUAUAAUCUUCGUCAUCUUCUGGGUAAUCUAAUCAACACUUUGAAUUCCCUUAGAAGUGUGAAAAUCCCUAUACUAUGGGAAGAAACAUGCACCGAAUAUUCUCUGUCUUCCAUUCCUUCAUUUCCUUCCCUCGCUCUAAAUUACGAAUCACAAAAUGCUUUGGGGAAGUUAAAAACACUCAUGCUCCUUAUCAUUCAUUUAUGCAACGAUAAGCCAGAUCCAAAAUGUUCGCUAGAAAGCUGUUGCGAACUCAUGGAAGCUGAAGCUCUGGAAACUGAAGUUUUUAUUAUCUUAUGUUUUAUAUUUCAUGGUCUUUCGAAUUACCACUUAGUUGGGAAGUUCUUUUGUGGUUAUUUGGCUCACUGUAAUACUGUCAAUCACAGUAUUUUACUGAAGUUGGCAGUUAACUUACCCUCUGAUUGGUGGCCUAUAGUCCACGAAUUAUGGAAGCUGGGGAAGUCUCUUACAACCAAAUCCUGCUGUCAGGGUGACAAUUUGCAAGAUAAGGAUGGGAUCCAGCGUAUUCCGCAUACCAAGUCAAACGUUGGAGCCCAUUUAAACCCAUUUUCAUUGUCAUGUCGUAUUCAAACAGUUUUAUUUUACCUGGUAAAAUUAAACCCACACGAUGCCGUUACAGUAGUGGAGAAUUGCAUUACCACCCGUCAGUUUCCAGGCUUAGUUUUGGAUUUACUUUUUGGAUUGAUCAAUAAAGAGGGUUAUACCUUGAAUUUUUUGAAGAGGAUUUUGCUAGACAGUGGACAAGACAUUCGAUCUUGGAUGAGCAAUUUUCUGAAGCUUCCAUCUUCAUCAUGGUACUUGGAUAAGCUAAGCCAUCAUUUUAUAAAAAUCACUUCUUGCCUUAUACCACGUGAUUCUUCAAUUCCUUUGGAUGAUAACACGAUUCUCACUGCGUUAACAUUACUUCGUGUGUUAGCUGCAUUUCGUGGUUUUAUAAAUUACAAUUUCCCACCAGAACUGUCGCAAAAGUUAUUGAUUCUUCUAACACAUCGAACAGUUGUUUCUGAACGUGGCUUACAAUAUAUCAGUUAUUCGCUCGCAUUCUUAAUUGGGUUACGUUCAAGUUUGGCAACAGGAAUAUCUUCAGAUACUAAUGGCGUAAUGCACAAUAAUAGUCGUGUUCCUGCAAAUACAACAGAUAUUGAAAAUACAAUUGUAACUUGGCUCCAACGUUUAAUAGAUGAACAAGAUAUUUUCAAUUCACUAACUCAAUCAUCAUCGUCAUCUUAUCUGCGUAAUUGUAAUCAAUUUUCAAAAACAACGUCGUACAUUGAACCUUUACUGCUUUUAGCUAUCUUAUUUCAUACAAAUCAACCUGGACCAAUUACUGAACUAAUAUCAACUUUACUUGGUCUACGUAUACCAUCACUUGGACGAACUAUCAAUGGAUGGCGUAAAUUAUUUUUCCAAACUGUUUUUACAGAAAAUAUGAUUGCUAAUCAAGUUGCACGAAUUCCAAUUACGCCAAAAUUGAGUCGACAUUUAGUUGGUCACUUACCAACUCAAUGUAUGCUACAAUUACUUAAAUCGCAUGCAUUUGCUAAAAAUAAACUACAUACUAAGAAAUGGAUUAUUGGACAGAUACGUGAAAGUGUACGUCCAAUUCAUCCAUUGCUACCAGAAUUAUUAGAAGCACAUAUUACGCAUUCGUUUACUUCCAAUUCUAACAAUUCAUCAUCAUUGAAUAGUGAUAUCCCCAGUAUUACUAGUAGUAUUAGUAGCAGUACUAUUACUACCAAUCCUACUGCUUCAACAGCUUAUAUCAACUUAUCAUUAAUUUCUGAACAGGAAUUAAUCAAUGAAUUCACAAAUUCUAAAUCUUCUAAUUUGAUUCAAUUUUGUGCACCAGGGAUUCAUUUACAAUCGAAAAUUAAUCAUAAAUCUGUAAAUCGUUUAUAUAUUUCAACUACAGAACAAGAUUUUACUCCGCAAUUAUUAUUCUUAUAUUAUGCAUUUUUUGUUUUCGAUUAUCAGUUCAAUUUACGUUUAACAUCUAAUCGACAUCGUUUACCUAAUGAACCAUCAUGUGUUUAUUCCAAUAAACUAUGGGAUAUUAUACCUAUAACAUAUCUUUUACGAUAUGCUCGUGCACAUUUAUCAGAUUAUCGCUCUCUAUAUCCAAAAUUAUUACAAUUGGUUACAAAUCAUUUUCCGCAUUUAACUAUGGGUGAAAUGAUGAUACAAGAUGAAUUAUUACUUGAUUCAAUAUGGAGAUCUGAACACGAACCUAUUCGUGUUCUUUGUAUUAACAAAGCUGAAACGAAUUUAUCACCGGUGAAUAAUACAACAACAAUCGUAACAUCGAGAGUAAUGACGAACCAAACAAAUUUUGUUUAUCAACAAUCGAAUUAUCCUUUGCCGUUCCGUGAAGAACAAUUAAAUCAAGCAUUUGAACAAGUAAUUUCAAAGCUAUCAAUAUCUAUUGAACAGCCAACAACAUUGAAUAAUCUGUCUGAAAUAUGUCCAUUAUGGAAAAAUCUUAUUUAUAUGAUUAAUCAAUUGAUACAAUCAAUAGAGAUAUUCGGUUUAGAUUGUUUAUUAAAUUUUGGUCCAAUCUUAGCUGAACAAUGUCCAAGACUACUAUUAUUACAAGGUAAUGGUGGAUUUUUAGGCGUCAAUCGUAAAUUUGUACAUUCUAUGGAACUUUUAUGGAGACGUUUACAUUUGAUUAUGCCAAGACGAUUGGAAUUAAUCACUAUGAAUAGAAUACGAUCGUCUAACAAUGAUCCUCCAACAACAUACACAUCAACUGCUAUGACAACAAGUAUAGGUACUACAAAUCCCCUUGACUUAUUUAUUGAAGCUAGCAAUCUCAUCAGUAGUAGACGAAAACCUUUAUGCAGUUUAGAUUUAUGUACAGAUCCAGUUGAAAAUGUUAUGAGUGAAGUAGAUAGAAAAGUUUUUCGAUGUCCGUCACUUCUUCGUUUAUUUCUACGUAUAUUGGAAUCAAGUUUAUUAGCAUCCAGAUCAUAUUGGGCACAUAGACUUGUUGACAGAGUCCAACCUAUACGUGGAACAACCACAAAUUCAACUGUAUAUAAUACCCAAUCAACAACGUCUAUGCCAGCAACAAUGAUGAUGCUUUCUUCAACAAAUAGUGGAACACCAUUAUCUGGUUCUCCUAUUCCUAGUACUAAUGCUGAUUUGUUAAAUCAAGAUACAUCUAGUUCAACCACAAACUAUCCGAAAUUUAUUGGUUCUUCCAAAUUAAUUUCUACUGAUUCUAGCCAACAACAACAACAGGUUAACAGCAUAUCUACCGUUGCCCUAACAACAUCAUCAAUAACUACUUCUCCUACGUCUACAUCAGUAAAUACAACUGUUUCUACUUCUAAUACAUUAUCUUCUGCACAAAUAUUCAAUGAAUCUAAUACAAAUAUUUCUCCUCAAUCAGUAGUACCAAUUAAUAAUGAAGAAUGUGAACGUUUAUGUACAAACAUGUUAUUAACACAAGAUUCAACUAUUAUUCAGUUAUUGCUAGAAUAUUGUUUACCAACAGAAGAUGAAAAGAAACUUGAAUCAGAAAUUAGUAUUCUUCGUGAAAUACGUAUUACAAUUUGUACAUUUAUACAUUCAUUAUUCAUUGCUCAACCUGUACUCGCAGAGAUUAUUGUUUGGCAAGUGAGUGGGGUUUAUUUUCAAAGACUUGUUUAUACGUACAUAUGUAUGUACAUGUUUAUGUGUGCGUACAUAAGUGUAUAAAUAAACGUUUUUCUUAUUGCAUGUAAUAUUCAUAGGUAAUUUAUCGAUUGAAAACCUAUUCAUCAACUUGAUACACCUAGAAGACGUUUGAUUCUUUAUUAAAGUGUACAUUUUUAAUCCCUUUUCUAUACAUUCAAAGAAGUUAAAUAUCAUAAUUCUAAAUAGGUUACUUACAUACAGGGAAAUUUAUUGAUCAAUAGUCAAAGCCAUUUUGAUGAAUAUCUAUUGUUUAUUAUCGGAUUUUGUUGAUAUCUUAGUUGAUAAACGACCCUAUCACAAAUUAAAUUGUUAGAAUCUUCUGUCAUGUAUGUGCCAGUAUCUCCAAUGUCUAAUCUUUUCUGUUACCACUAACACUGUUACUACCUCUGUGCUAAUGGGAUGUGACUCAGUGAAAUAUGUUUAUCGGUUCAAGUUGCUACACUAUAUCACCACAGCGAGAAAAAAACUAUCAAGACAAUGUCGGAGUAGUAAAUGUAGUAGCAGUAUCAGUUUUAAUAGAAAAGAUUAAACAUGGAUGAUUUGAUGCUACAAUUCAUAGGGAAUUCGUUGAACAGAGAAACAUAAGAUAAUUUUAAAAAUUCAAGAUCUUAAAGAAAACUGAAAGUAAAUGUAUCUGUAUCAUUGCAAUGGAUCGUGAGCCAUAUCAUCAAAUAAACGGUGAACAUUUGUUGAUUGUUACUUGUCCCUAAUAUUUUGUUGUCUUUCAUCUCUCAAUUAUGUCAACAUAUCUCUAUAAUAAUGCGAUUCUAUUUACACACCAUGAUGAAGAUUUUUGUGUCUAUUUAGGGUGAUGUGGCUCAAAAAUCAUUGUAAUGUCACAAACGCUUUCACUCUUUAUCUUCCUCUCGAGUAUGAAUUCCAGUAUCCCUCCAUACAUAUCUUUCCAAUGUGUCUUCUCAAACCAUAUUCUCACAAUUAAGUCUUUCUCCUCACCGUUGCUACUACAUUAAUUCGAUCUCCUUCAUUAUUUUCAUCUCGUGCGAAUGCGUUAUGGUAGCCUGGGCCAGUGCAUGUCUGUCAGGCUCUGUGUUGAUUAUGUCUGCCUAUGUGACCACUUUGUAUUAAUAAAGUAAGAGAAUGGAUUAAUUUAGUAGUCUUCUCAUAACGUGAAGGAAAUGCGGAAGAAAUUUCUGAAGAAACUCAGACUACAUUACGGGCCAAAACGUCAGUAAUAUAAAAUAAUAAGCACCGAACAUACUAUUCAAGGAAAUAUAAAUUAGUGAAACAAGAAAAUAUAUGAGGGAUUCCAAAGCUUAGACCCUGAAGGAAGAUAAAGAAUGGAUGCACCUACAUCAUUGUAAAGUAAAGAAGAAGGAUACCUCACAUAUGCUGCAAGUGACGUAAGUUGAAGAACGUUAACUGAGCCUUCUGAAUCCGUUCCGAUAUUUCAUCAGAUAUUAACCCAUCAGGACUGACGAGACUUUCAUGACAAAUAUAGCGGUAGAUGCAUCCAAUUACUCCACUUCCUACUAACUAGAGGGGGAAGACCAAAUUCAGCCGCGAAAUAUAUAUAUUCUAUAAGCAGCCCAGAAGAACGAACGAAAAGCACACAACUCAUGCAUAUAUAUACAAUCUAAAAAUGACCCUGAAAAACGUCACAAAACAGCUUAAUAAAAGAGGGAACCAACCAAUAACACUUAAAGUGCUUCUGAAUAUGAAACACAAAUCGAAGGUAAAAAGUGGGCGCUUUUUGAACGAAGAUGAGGAAUUCAAAUUUCCAUAAUAAAAUCGCAAAAAUGAUAAGUUUACCAAGUGAUUUCUAGGGAUCUACCGUCCCCUACACUACCUAUUAUCAGUUCACACACUGAGCCAAGCCAAUCCUAAGGCAACAUUUUACAUACAUAUAGUUCCCUUUAUCAUUUUAAAAAGAGCAAGAACAAAGAUUCUAGCAGAAUAGCAUGAAUUCAUUUUAUUUCGUAGGUUCUCCUCAGCUGCUUACAACCUGUGAUAUUUAAAAAUCAUAAUUACAUAAUGGGUUUAAACUGCUUACUGAAUACUGUAAAUACAUACCUAAUGUGAAAGAAUAUUCUACAACAAUAAUUGUGACAACAGUUCAAAAGUGGGUUAGAAACAAUUGAUUACAUAAUGAAUAAACAUUGAUGGGAAUAUAGUGAGUAGAGUUCAGUUGAAGGAUAGUUGAAAAAUAAAAUAAAAUCAAUGAUGCAAUGAAUACAAAAGGAAAAAAGAAAAAAAUUUUUAAGGUGCAGUGAAGGAAUAUUUGUCACCAGGGCAAGGAAAGAUUAACCACCGUCUCCUUUUGAAUACAUAGGUCAGGUUUUUGAUGCCUGAUGGCAACGGCUUCAGCAAACUU